AUGGACCCAUCGCCACCAGCAAUCGCCAGGGCAUUCGAAGAAAAAUUACCCCGUGAACCCCAAGUUGUAUUUGCCAACAACCAAUACCGUGCCAUUCGAAGCUCAGCCUCGUCGACGGUUGAAGAGGAUGCAGCGGCUGUCUAUUGGGAAGAAGACAUUGAGACGUAUCACAAUCUACUCGAUCGGUAUUUUCCACGAAUAGGGCAUGCUAGCCCAUUAUCCUCCAGAAUGCCGAUUGCGGAACAAACCCAUCGACUGGAGACUGAAUCCGAUGUUUUGCGGCUGGCUACUCUCCAGCUUCUCCAUCCCGUCAACGUCGCACUGCAGCAGAGUUGCCCACCUGGCACUCGAAUAUUUUGUCGCACAGAAAAUUCUCCCAGUCUAUCGAGCCGUUUUGACGUGGAGUGGGCUUUGUUCAACACCAGGGAUGAGUGUCUAUGCACACUCGCUAUCCUGGAGAUCAAAAAUACCCACGUUAUUCUCAAAGACGACUUCAAACACGCAGCCGUCAAUGAGAGAAAUUUUCAGUCCAAGACGACAAUGGCCAUGAAGCAACCCGAUUUGUCGCUUCUCAAGCGCAACGCCUUUUGGCUCUCCAAGCAAGCUCGAAAGUAUGCCAGAAAUUGCCCCUAUGUGGCAGUAUUUGACUGGAAUGCCAUGUUCAUCUUCAGUUUUAUCCCGCGUUCCCAAAAGCCAGUGCGCGGGCUUUACUUCGAUGAAAAUGGACGUACAGGGGAUAUGACGUUCCGUCGCCUUCUUUUUGCUUUCGUCAUUCGGCCCUUGAAGAAGUAUGAAGCGACUCGUCUGCGUGGGGGAGCCUAA